CUGCUUAAAUCAUCUAAUACGCGUUUACGGUGAAGGAAAAAAAAACUCGCCGAGUUGUCGAUGUGUCGCUGUGUUUUUAGAGGAACGAAAAGGUAUCAAAUGUUAUUGCGCGCUAAGAAAAUGUUGAUGUUUACAUGAAUCGACGUUUGAGGUUGUUACUCAUGUUAGCUUCCUGGCUAGCUGGCGUCCGCUCUUACCGGAGGCGAACUAAAAAACAUUUUUUUUAUAAAUGACAUUUUCAUCCCUGAAAACGUGCUAUUUUAUCAUAUGCAACGUUAGCGCGGGUCAUGUUGGUUUAGCCGCCUACUUCAGUUCAGGCUUGCCUUGGGAGUUCAAGUCCAGUUGGCUCUUUGUCGUCAGAAGAUCAUGACUUUGACCCAACUGCAGAAAUGCUAGUCCAUGAGUACGAUGAUGAGAGGACUCUGGAGGAGGAAGAGUCUCUUGAAGGAGGGGGGAAUAUCAGAUCUGAGAUUGCAGAUCUGGAGAAGGAGGGUAAUAUGCCUUUGGAGGAGCUGUUGGCCAUCUACCGCUACGAGGCAUCAGCUGGGUCCAGUAUAGACAGCUCCUCUGGAGACCUCACAGACGAGCUGCCUGACAUGACUUUAGACAAGGAGGAAAUUGCUAAAGACUUGUUGUCUGGCGAUUACGAGGAGGAGACACAGUCUUCGGCUGAUGAUCUCACCCCCUCGGUCACCUCCCAUGAAACCACCGAUUUCUUCCCUCGGACUCUUCGAUCCAAUGCAAUCUCUGAUGGGGAUAAAGAUUCAGAGUGUGACGACGAUGGCCCAAGUCCAGAAGACUCCAGAAAGGAAAUAAUGGUGGGAGCAGAGUACCAAGCAGAAGUUCCUUCCACUGUCUGCUACUACACAGAAGGAGAGAGAGCGUAUGAAGAUCAUGAUGAGUUAAUGUGGAGUCCAGGUGCAUUGCCAGAGAGCAAAGUCAAGUGCUUCCUAACUGAUGUGCUGUCUCGAACGACCGGUGAGAAGACGGGAUUUGACAAACUGGGCAUGCAUGUUCGAGACAAUGAGCAGGCUUUGUGUGAACUUGUUAAGUGCAACUACAACACCCACGAGGCACUCGAGCAAUACUGUAGCCACCUAAAGUCCUCGAAAGAAAAAUCACCGCCAUGGUCGGAGGAGGAGUGCAAAAACUUUGAACAUGCGCUGCAGAUGUACGACAAGAACUUUCACCUCAUACAGAAACACAAAGUCACGACGCGGACAGUAGCAGAAUGUGUGGCGUUUUACUACAUGUGGAAGAAGUCUGAGCGCUUUGACUUCUUUGUGCAGCAGAAUCGCUUUGGAAAGAAAAAGUACAGCAGCUACCCUGGUGUAACGGACCUGAUGGACAGGCUUGUGGAUGAAGCGGAAGGCCUGGCCGUUGACAGCUCGUCCUCUGUCUGCUCGGGAGGCGGCGGAGGAGGGAGGCUGGAAGCGACGACAGAACAGCAGCUCAGCCUGCUCAACUCCAUCACUGCCAGCGACCUCACAGCGCUGAGCAACAGCGUGGCGACCGUGUGCAGCCCAGCAGAGGUGUUGGAGUCCUACAGCUUCCCCCCCCUGGAGUCUCUCCACCGCGCCUCCCUCAGCCACGACGAGCCGCUUGGCUUCCCUUCCAACGGCGCCGACUCUGACUGUCUCAACAUGCUGGACGCCGGCUUCUACCACUCGGAGCUGGGCCAGCUGGGCGGCGUGUGCGUCAACAAAGACUGCGAGCGUCCCUCCAAGAGACUCAAGAUGGCGCUGCCGGACUCUUUUAUUGGCGACGUCUCUGUAAGCAACCUCGGCGUGGACUUUGAAGCCCGCCGGACGACGGCACACCACCACCGCAUAACCUCCGCCAAAAUGGCCGUGUCGGUAACAGACUUUGGGAGCUUGGCGGCCGGCGGCGAGCCCAACGGCUUCUUGGGGGCGCACGCACGCCAUCACACGCAGCACGCGGCAGCACUUCAGUCGGAGUGAUCUUCCUUUUUUGUCUUGUACAUAGACUGACCUCACAGGAGAAUAUAUAGAUAUAUAAAUAUAUAUAUAUAUAUAGAUAUGUACAUAAUAUACUUUUCUUUUUUGUCUAAUAUGACAUCAGUGAUGUCUCUCAUAGAACUAAGAAUCUUGAUUUCUCUCAAGAGUUUAUAACAGCCAUUUUAUUGACUUGUAUGUCACCGUGGUAACGUCCAUGUCCAGUACACUAGGGGGAGGCCGCGUAAUCGUUCCUACUUGUCCUCUUUUUUUUUUUUUCUUUUCUUUCCUGCCAUUCUUCUCCGCUGCCAAAAUGAUUCUCGCUCUUGGUGCUUGUCGCUCUUACUUCAAGUGGUACUUUAUUUGUUGUUCAGUCUCGUGGUUUACAGGUACUUCUGCAGUAAAGCAGCCCAUCGCAACGCUUCUGUCCUAACUCUCGUUUUGUUACCUUCUGCACACUUUAUGGGGUGUUUCUUUUUGGAGGGCGGUUUUGGAAUACAAACACUUUUAUUCUCAACAUAAUCACAAAUCUCAUCAAUUUUUUGUUUAAAAACCACACAAUUGCUAGUCAAAGAUGUUAACUUGCAAGGAAAUCGGGUAUUAUGGUAUCAACUUUAACCCCUUGAAGCGGAAAUUAGUGAUGGUUGUACUUUUUGUUUUUACUCUUUAUUUUUAAUGUUAAAAAACAUUACUUUUUUACUUUAUACAUUGCUUUUUUUUCAUGAAUAAUAUAUCUGGUGUCUUUUAAGUCAUCAAAGUGGCGCCAAAUUUUAAUUUGUUUCCCUUUUGUUUACCCCCCCUUUUUUUUUUAUACAUCUUUUCAAACAUGACUUAUUUGCAAAUGUUCUGAACCACCUUUAGAAAAAGUACAUUAUUAAUUCCUAAGCAUGGCAGAAAUAUAGUUUUAAAAAAAAUCAGUGUUUUUAAGAUUUUCUACAUGUUACUUUCCAGUUGCAAAAUGUUUAACAAAGGUUUUUUUUCUCCUUACCCCUCAGUUUCACUCCCAUCAGUAUUAAGGUUGUGUGCGGCCCACGCAAGUAUGUGCUUGCAGAAAGGUGAUUGUACUCGCUGUUUACGUCAUGUCUAUGCAUCGUUGCUGUGAAUGGUUCAUUUUCAGGGCUCCUCCUGUUACAUGACAUCUUUCAUGUAAAUAACCAUUUAGCAACUUAGCCUUUUAAAAAGUCUAAUACCUGACCUCUAAUUGUGAAUAUAUGUUCAUACAAUUAUUUCCUUCCAAUGGCCAUAUUUUGUAGAUAUGUACAGGAUUUUCAAAGUUUUGCAUUUGACUUAGUUGACUUUUUGUAUUUUUUUUUUUUUCACAAGUUAGUUUGCUCUAUGCAUGCUGGGCGCAACUGAUUCCCCCAAAACAACAAAUUAUAAUUAGCGUUGUUUUCUAAAGUCGCAUUGUUAAAAAAAAAAAAACUAUCCUUCAUGUCGUCUAUAUUUGCCUCAGUGGUAAAGAGAUGCUGCUGCUCUUGAGGAAGUUUAUUUUAUUUUUUUAAAGCAUAAUGCAGUAGAUCCAACUCUUGGUAGCUUUAGCGGUGCAGUGCUAUUUAUUUCACUUGUGGUUUGUACAAGACACUUGUCAGAAUGUAAAGGCCAUUAAGUCGUAGAUUGAAGUAGCAAAAUGCUCAUCACCCUGUGAACUCUGGCGAAAAAUGUGAUAUUUUAUUGACGUGUGUGUGUGUGAAUGACUGUGUGAGCACUAAGCAAAUUUUAUUUUAUAUUUUCUAUUGUCAUUUAAGGUUUAAAAUAUUUUAAAAGGUUAUAGCAGUUGUGGUUUUGGAUAAGACAUUUAAAAGAUCAAUCCAUAGAAAACACAUUUGUGAAUAAAGAAGCUACAGAAAUGUAUAUGGAGAAUUGUAGACAAUCAAAGGUAUCACUAAGAAAUGUUGAAGUUAUCUAUUGUUUAUAAAAAUUGUACAGACAUUGA